CGUCUUGUUUACGUUCGCGCGGAGUUUGGGCAGUAAUUAAACAGAUUGGUGCCGGGCGCGGCGCUGGCCGCCCUAGCGGGCCCCUCGGCCUGCAGUGCCUGCGAGCGCCGCGGCCGAGAGCGCACGGACCAGCCCUUUGUCACACUUUGUCUCAUUCCGCCCUCGUCUCGCCCUCGCGCGGGAGCAGGUCCAACAAGACCUUCAAGCCGAAGAAAAACAUUCCAGAAGGCACCCACCAGUACGACCUGAUGCGGCACGCAGCGGCCACGCUGGGCUCCGGUAACCUGCGCCUCGCGGUGCUGCUGCCCGAGGGAGAGGACCCCAAUGAGUGGAUCGCUGUCAACACCGUGGACUUCUUCAACCAAAUCAACAUGUUAUAUGGCACCAUAACCGAGUUCUGCACAGAGGAGGCCUGCGCCGUCAUGUCCGCCGGCCCCAAGUACGAGUACCACUGGGCGGAUGGACUUGCUGUGAAGAAACCCAUCAAAUGCUCCGCACCGAAGUAUAUUGACUAUUUGAUGACCUGGGCACAAGAUCAGCUGGAUGAUGAGACACUCUUCCCUUCCAAGAUAGGCGUGCCGUUCCCUAAGAACUUUCAGAGCAUCGCGAAGACGAUCUUAAAGAGGUUGUUCCGCGUGUACGCCCACAUCUACCACCAGCAUUUCCCUCAGGUGGUAACGCUAGGCGAGGAGGCGCACCUCAACACGUCAUUCAAGCACUUCAUCUUCUUCGUGCAGGAGUUCAGCCUCAUCGAGCGCCGCGAGCUGGCGCCGCUGCAGGAGCUCAUCGAGAAACUCACCGCCAAGGAGGCCCGAUGAGGCCCGGUGCGAUACGAGGAACUCCUAACUAAUUUACACUUUAUGGCCUUGGUUUUAAGGUCUACUUUUUGUGUGGGAUGAAAGUUAGUGAUUUUUGAUGGUAACAUUAAAAAUAGCUUUAUGAUUAAGGCACUACGGCACGCGGCCACAGUUUUUGUUUAUGUUUAAAUGGUUUAUUUUCGAUUAGCCUUCAAAAUAACUUUUAAUUAGAAAUACUGGUAAAAUCAUCUUACUAAUCUUGCUAAGUCCAGUUUUUCAAAUAGUCCUUUUAACUAUAAUGGACCUAAUUUAAUGAAAAGGAUACAGGGAAUACAUUUUUAUGGCAGAUUUGAGGAUGGAUCCAAUUCCCUAAAUUACGUCGUCGUUAAGCGCUUGUAUCUUUGCUUAAAUGUAUUUGAAAGUAGACCUUUACAAUAAAGCAAUAAAGUCCAAUUUAAAAGUAUAAUAACCUAUACACAUUAGGAAAGAGUGACUGUAAGUGCUGUCAGUAACACUUAGAAGUAAAUUCUAAAAAAUAACUUAGGUAUAGAAAAUUCCAUAAACACUUCAUCGAAGCGCAGGGGUAGACCAUAAUGUAUAAAUUAAAAUAUGAUGACCAAAUUCGAACUGUCAAAAAUACUUAACGGCCAGUAUGUACUGUAAUUUUGAUACUGUAGGUCUCUAUGGUUUUACAUUUUAAUUCGCUCUAACUGGUAACAUUUUCUAUUAUAUACCCUUUUAUAUAUAAAAACACCUGACGACAAAAAAAAGUUUUUUUUUUUUAAAUAGAUUUCAAGUUAAAAUUUAAGAUAUAAAAUUGGUACUCACUGCCCAAAAUUUGUAAAGCAUAUUUGGUAGUGUAUUUCUUGUAACUGCUUAAGUAACGUACCCUAGGCUAAGGUUUCGAGUGUGCCUCGUGUAGUGUCCCCGGUCCCGGGCGCUUCGCUGCCGGCUCAAACCUUCAGCACUAAAAUCGACUUUUUAUAAGUACCUACAGCAAAAUAUUUUGCAUAACCCCUAACAGCAUUUAUACGUCAUUAUGACGCCAUAAUUACGUAAUUAUCACGUCAUUAUGACGUCGCUGACGUCGCUGCUACCUGGGACGAAGCGCUCAAGCUUGUCAUACAUAAAGCUUUAAUUUGCUCUACAAAAAAUAAUGUACCUACUUGUGAGUGUUUCGUCUUGCGAGAUAUUAUUACACAUAUUUCUCCUAUUGUAUAUUAAGUUUUUCUUUUGUGCAAUAAAGUUUAAAUAAAUAUGACGUUUUCAAGCAAAAAAAGGUACCACAUUGUCCUUAUGGCAAGCUACAAUGUGGUACCUUUUUGAUUGAAAACGACACAAAUAUUUCGAUAAACGACAAAUCACUCCCGGCCCUGUUAAUAAUGUGUGUUGGUAUUUAGUGCUGAAAGUUCCAGUCACAUAUAUACAUACUAUAUACAUAGAAAAGGUGUCUCAAAAAUAGUUAAAAAAAAUUACACGGGCAAUUUGAAUCAAACUAAUCGUAAGUAUGAUAAUUUCAAAAGUUUUGGUAAUGCUAACAAUAUGCUACUAUUUUUAAGACACUCAGUUUGGCGUAAGUUUGUGAUAAUGAAUGUAGGGAUUGAUAUAUUUAUAUUUGUAACGCGUUACUUUGCCGAAAAUAAUACCCGACUCGACUGAGAAAUCAAUGGUCUAAAACACCAAAUAUCAUAUAUAUUUGCCCAAAGAAGUUAUGUCGUAAUAUUGUCUCCGGUUACCGCGAUAGUUACACAUAAAAUAAAACUAUGAAAACGAAUUUUAUAUCGCGUAUAUUAAAUUUAUAAUACAUCCCGACGUUUCGAACCCUUUACAGCGUUCGUGGUCAACGGGUGACGGGGAAACGUCGGGAUGUAUUAUAAAUUCAAUAUACGCGAUAUAAUCCGUUUUCAUAAUUUUAUUUCAAGUUAUGUCGUGUUUCUGGGGAUCAUUAAUGUGACAUUCCACGAGUAAAGGUACCCUAUGGCGGUUGGUGCUUUUGUCGGGAAGCACCGCAGUAGUAUUGGAGCGUCGUUCAUAAUAGCGUAAGCGCCAACCGCCAUAAGGUACCUUUAUCCGUGGAACGUCUCAUUUUAUUUGUAAUAUUUAGUGUUUUAUUCCAUUGGUCUUGUAAAUAGCUGUUGCCUCCUCGGCUGUAGCAGUACUGACAUUUUUAAAUCUAGUAUAUUGAAGUCAUGACAAAAUUGACCGUUAAAAAUGCUUUUCGUUUAAUUAUUAGUUUAGUAAAUAAUUAACGUGUUGGAUGGUUUGCUAUUCAGUCGAAAAAUAAUCAUAUUAGUUUGUAAAAAACCCUAUAAAAGUGUAAACUUUGUUUUUUUUUAUACCAGAUACUGAAAUGACAGUCUGAUUGCUCCAAUUUGUACCACCCAUCUGUCAUCUAGUACAGUAAGUGCCCCAACUACCCAUGUCGCCAUACUAGCCUUAUAUUAGUGGAUAAAGUGGAAUCCGUUUAUUAUGACUCCGCUUAUACUGACCAACCGCUUACUACGACGUAAUUACUGUGUUUGGUUUUCAUAUUAAAUUCUUUGUGACAAAGUCGGAUAAGAUGACUUCGCUUAUAGUGACAAAUCGCUUACUAUGACCUAAUAAAUCCUAUUUUCAUGAAAUUAUGUCCGGUUAUACUGACACAUUCGCUGGUUUUCGUGGCCGUCCCGACGUAUUUUCCUGCGAAAACGUUUGGUGCGCGCGUGGGGUUUAUUUUAGUUUUGAUUCUCGCUGACCAGUUGAUAAUUGGUACAAGGUUAAUAAAACUCGUCUCUCACAAAGGAAUUUGAGAAUAAUUUGGAAAAAAUCACAAAAAUAAGAAGUUAAUCAACUAUGCUUUUUGUUUAUUCUAUAUUGCAUUUCCAUGUUGUUACAUAAAGGUGUUCGACGUGUUUCGAGUACAGUGAUAUGGACCCUGCAAGGGCACAGCAAUGGGGUUGGCAACUGUCAAAGGUUUGCAGAGAUGGCGCCAUCAUAGCUUGCCCCUUUCUCUAUAAGAUUUGGCUUAAAGGGCUGGCACCCAGGGCAUUAAAAAAAACAAAAAUUUGACACAAUUAUAGAGAUUGACAGGGCAAGCUAUGCUGACGCCAUCUGCUAAUUAUUUCGACCGGCCAACCCCAUUCUUAUUCUAUAUAUGACAUCCGCUUAGUAUGACGUGUUUGUCCCUUCCCUUCGAUGUCAUUAUAAGCGGAUUCUACUGUACUUAUGUUAGGGCACCGGCUGUACAAAUACAGAAGCUGUUUAUUGGGUAAUACAUUGGCCCAUGGGAAUGUCAUCGCGACCUCAAAGAUGUCUUGACACUUUUGUACCUUACUACGGCAAAAAACGUAAACAUAUAUUUGACUUCAACUGUACCUGGGUGCCUAGCAAAGGUGACAAUCGUUUGCGUUACGAUAACGAAACGCUUGGUGUCUCUCUAUCACUUCUAUAUUAGUGCAACAGUAACAGUUGAUUUUCCUUCGCUACGGAGCUUAACGAUUGGCAUGUUGGCUACGUACCCAGAUAUAAAAUAUCUUAUUUUAGUUUCUUAUAACUAAGACACUGUAAUUUACGGUGUAAAGGUCCCUUUUAUAGUUUUCCGUAACUUAAACGGUGGCCCGUAGCUGUGCCAAAAUGCGCAUAUACACGAAUUAUUUCCCCCUAUUGGCAAUUUUUGGUUUUCGUUUGGUGAGCUAUAAUACGAAUUAAUUGCUAGUUACGAUACGAUUCAGCGAAACAUUUUUGUGUUUUAAAUCCUAAGGUUUAGAACGCGAAUCGCUAACGUUUCAGAACCGCAGUUCCAAGCCUAAAUGAGAUUUAGCAUUAUUGAGACCUAAUUAUUUUACUAUUAGUACGAGUACGUACACGAGAUGAGAUUGAUUGCUCCGUAUAUGUUGUUCAUAUUAUUUUUAUGUUAAGUUACUUUAUUUAUUUAUUGUGAUGACGUAACAUAGUUUUUCAUCUUAAAUCAAUUCUAACGCUAAUCUAAGAUUAAUUUAUAUUUACUGUAUUCAAUUAUUUUCAUAUUGUGUGAAUUGAGUGCUUACUAAAGAGUCUUUUAAAGUAGGUAUGAAUUGAUGGAGUGUUGGUCACUUGAUGGAUUUCAUUUUCUUAUUUCUACAAUUACUAUAUAUACCUAUCAAUAUAUAUACCUAUUUAUAGUCUACCAAAUAGGCCCGGCCACUGUAGAACCAUGUCAAAGUCACGUUAUUAAAAUCGUAAGGAAUCUCUGUCUACUUGUCAAUUUGAAAUGGUUCUACGGUGGGGGAUCCUGCCUUUUCGCCG